AUGGGUCUCUCCGACGUUCCACCCGAGAUUGUGCUCUGCAUUGCAGACCAGCUGCAUUAUUCCUGGCAGGUGAACGCGCUGGGCCAAACGUGCAGAGGCUGCCAUGACAUCCUGAACCCGUAUUUAUACCUGUGCAACAAGAAGUGCUCACGUACUUCAGUCCUUUAUCAUGGCAUUUGCAAGGGCUUUUACUCCCUCGUGGAGAGGUUGCUCACUGAUCUUGUCUCUUCAGAUGCCCUUGACGAGGCUAUAUUCAUCGAGGGGCUGGAAAUAGCCGUCAGGCGUGGCCAGCUGCAUAUGGUCAAACUACUGAUACGCGCUGCAGAACAUGUGCCAGAACUAUCUCAGUGGCCGACGAUCCUAAGAACAUCGCAAAGUCAGAUCUUCUGGCGUGCAGCUAGUCAGCCAAACGAGCCCAUCGUGCGGUUACUGCUCGAGCAUGGAGUACUGCCAGCCUUAGGGCCCGAUAUGUACAUGGACCUGAGAAAUGUAGUCUCGCGGUUCCCCUCUGUGGCAAUGACCAUGAUAGAGACAACUCGCUGGUCCAACGCGCCUGGGCUCCUAUCGCUGACCGACGUAUUGCAGUAUGCACUUAGACACCCUUCGGACAGUACCCCGGAGAUUGUUAACCGCGUUAUUAAGAAACGAGCUGAUCCUAGUGCACUUAUCAUGUAUGGCCACAGCCAGCUAUGUCUAGCAAUCUUGUGCAGAAACUAUAAAGGGGCACGGUGUCUGCUAGAGAACGGGGUGAGCCCAGACCGGGAUGGAAUAUAUCUAACACCACUCGCCAUAGCCCUUCAAGCCGACGACACGCAGACCGCAAAGAUGCUACUGGAGAAGGCGAACACCACAGAUAUUCUCGCGAGAGGGACAGAGGUAAGCACGUUAUUCUGUGCAGCUGCCGCAUGUGGCUCAGAACGCAUGGUCGAGGAGCUGCUGCAGAGGGGCUGCAGUCCCAACACAAUUAUACAGCUUCCCCCUGGCGUGCGCAUUAUUCUGGACAAGGUUCCGGCGAUUGUGUGGGCGGCAAGACACCUGCAGGAAGGAACAACCAGGCUCCUGCUUGAACAUGACGCGAAGCCACAUCCAGACGCACUGAAAGCGGUCCUCCAGUCCGGAAAUCUACCAAUCGCGCAAAUGCUUCUAGAGGCCGGCGCUGACCCCGCCAGUCUGGGCCAGUAUAUCCCGUUCAUACAUACCGCAGUGGCAGAUGAGGAUAUAUUCCGACUGCUAGUAAAGAGAGGCGUGCUCCACAGUGGAGAAAGGUAUAGGAGAGAGUUCCUAAAUCUCGCACUCAAGAAUGGGCAGACACCCCAGGUCCAACUGUUGCUGGAUCGAGGUAUUUCGUUCCACGGACGCGGCAAUACCGUCCUGUGCAGCGCCGUGCAUGGAGGAGUUGCGAUGCUUGAGUUUAUUGUCAGGCAUGGGUACAAACACCAUGAAGGCGCCGGCCCAGAGCCGGAUACUUUGCCUUUGAACAUAGCCGUCUGGAAGAAAGACUUUGCGGCGUUCAAAUGGCUCAUGGACAAGCAGUACUGCGCGAUACCAUCGGGCAGCGCUCUUCGCAAUAUGCUCCUUCAACUGUUUGGCAUUUUUUGCCAUUUCCAGCUCCAUGAGACAGAGCAAGCGCUGGACAUGCUGGUGAGCCGCGGUGCCGAUUUGAAUACUUUUGUAGACCCUGAUCGCCCGCUUGUGCGGCUGGCCGUGUGUAACGAAGACGCGGCCAUUACGAAGGCUUUCCUCGAUCGGGGCCUCGAACCGAUAUUACGCACUGGUGGCAGCCCUGAAGAUGUUCCUCCUGAGUAUGGGUCUUCUAAGUCCCUUGAUCUCGUGUUGCAAUGGGUAGUAGCUAAAUAUCCCCGCAGUCAGGUCAAGACGGUGUUGUCCUCAAUGAAGAAAAGGGCUGAACAAGAGGAGCAAUGGGGGGACGUGAGGCACAUCUAUCGCUUUGAAGAUAGCAAUGGGCUGGCUUAG